CUUACCCGAACUGCGUAAUAACGCUUGUCUCCAAGAAUUGUUAGGCUAACGGUGCAGUCCUCCGGAAUUCUACCUGAGAAAAGUCGACCCGGCUCGCCGGAACUAGACUGUAUAUCUCCAUCGGAGUAGUGUACUGGUCGCUGGUCUUGGCUUGCCGCCGGCGAACUUGUAGAGACAAGUGAAGAAGGAGGCCGUCGAGCCCUAGUUCUCCGGUGAUUGGGAUUGUUAGAGUGCGGGAAUGUCGUCUUUUAAACUGGUGUGAAAUAGAGUUUAAUCUGCUGCAUUGGACAUAUCACAGUUUAUUUCUUUCGCUAGGGAGAGUGAUUUCAAGCUCCCAACAUUUCUCUUUGUGCAUUUUGAUUGAUUUAAGCCCUUUUAAGAAGGUUUAGUUGCAGAGUGGACAUUCUUAUGCUGUAUUGAAUUACAAUGUGUCGUCUUUUGAUGGAUGGAAAUCCAUGGAGUCCUGGCAUAAGUUGUCCAAGUAAAGCCUAAUAUGUAGAGUUGCCCUGUGAUUAGCAAAAAUGUAUUCCAUCAGGAAAUCUGCUUUUCAAACUUCUCCUUUAUGUCUUUUGUUUCACCUUCAUUCGUGGAAGGUGAACAAUAUUCAGUUGGAACAUCUGAAGCUUGGACCUUUCAAGCUUGUCAUGGCAUCACCUUAUGUCUCCCAAGAAACUGUUGUACUCUCAAAGAGCAACUCUGAACAAUUCCAAAACCUUUUACCAACUACAGCUGAACCAAUAUUAGUUCAAGCUCGUGAUCCUUCUCAACUUGCGUUAAAUAUACUAUAUGCGAUAGACGAAGAAAGAUUUGAAGACGCUUUGAAUGAAUAUGAGAAGCUUGUGCAUAUGGAUGGCUUCCCUCGUAAAUCAAUUUUGAACAAACUCAUUGCAGGUCUUGCUGAGAGCUGUGAUUCCUUUUGGCUCCAAAAAGCUUCUAAUAUAGUAGAUAUCGUCUUUAAUGAAAAGCCCAAUCUUUUGGACAAAGAACCUCUUCUUUUUCUUUCAUUCAUCCUUUCAAGGUGCCAACAACCUAUUCUCGCCGCAAAUGCUUUGAGAAAAUUGGUUCAGACAGAAGAAUUUCCCCCUGUUUCAGCUUGGUCUGGUGUCAUAGGCUAUCUGUGUCAAACUGCUGAUGGUGCCUUUCUUGCUGCUGAGCUGAUUAUGGAAAUUGGUUUUCUCUUUAAGGACAAUAGGGUUGAUCCUAGGAAGAAGAUCAACCGGCCAUUGCUAUCAAUGAAGCCAAACUCCCUUGUCUUUAAUCUAGCACUCACUGGAUGCAUAUUACAUGAGCUUACAAGAAAAGGUGAUCAGCUUCUCCAGCUAAUGCCUCGAGUUGGGGUGAAGGCUGAUGCUGGCUUGCUGAUUACAAUGGCUCACAUAUACGAGAAAAAUGGGUGGAGGGAUGAGAUAAAUAAACUGAAACGGUUUGUUGAUGAGUCGUGUGAUCUCACAGACUCCCAAUUUCAGCAGUUUUAUAACUGCUUAUUGUCCUCACAUUUGAAAUUUGGUGACUUAGAUUCUGCUACAGGUUUGAUAUUGGAUAUGCUCAGAAAGGCAGGCGAAGCAAAGCGUUCGCUGGCUGCUGUAAAUUGCAUGCUAGAAGCUGUUGAGGGUGGAAAUAAGGUCUCUCAUCUUCAUAAUUCUGAAACUGAUAAAUGUGUGUUGCUUGAAAGCCCAGCUCCAACUUAUGCUGAAUUCACAAAAGACCGUAAUUUUUCUAGGCUUGAAACUGAGGCGAAGGAGGCGCUGUCAUUGUUGUCAGAAAAGUUGAAGGCUCGUGUUGAACUGGUUGGAUCUAAAGAUGGCAUUCUUCACCCAACUGAGAAAAUCUAUGCAAAACUUGUGAGAGGAUUCUUGGAAAUAAGUAGAAUAAGCGAUUUGGCAGCUUUUCUUGUCAAAGCUAGUAAAGAGGAAUCACCUGUCUCCGUAGAGAACUCAACUGUUGUUCAGGUGAUUGAUGCAUGUGUUUCUCUAGGUUUGUUGGAACAAGCACAUGACCUCUUGGAUGAGAUGAGAUUUUACAGAGUCAAAGUAGGUUCCUCUGUUUAUUCUUCUCUCUUAAAGGCUUAUUGCAAGGAGAAUCGUCAUGCUGAGAUCGACACACUUUUAAAAGAUGCUCGUAAGGCAGGCAUUCAGCUUGAUUCCAGUUGUUACGAGUCUUUGAUACAAUCUCGGGCGCGUCAUAAUGAUUCAAGUGGAGCUCUUCAUCUUUUUAAAGAGAUGAAAGCUUCUAAUAUAUCAAGAUCAGGUAAUAAUGAGUUUGAAAAGUUGGUGGAAGGCUGCUCACGGAGUGGUGAAGCUGGCCUGAUGUCUAAGCUACUAGAAGAAAUAAAAUACAACCAGAAGACGGAUUAUGGUGUUCAUGAUUGGAACAAUGUGAUACACUUCUUUUGCAAGAAGAAGAUGAUGCAUGAUGCUCAGAAAGCCUUGAACAAGAUGAGGGCUUUGGGAUACAUCCCUAAUGCCCACACGUUUCACUCGUUGGUCACCGGCUAUGCCGCUAUUGGAGGUAAGUAUGUUGAAGUUACGGAUUUGUGGGGCGAAAUGAAAGUACUUGCAAGUUCCGGCUCGGUGAAACUUGAUCAAGAGUUGUUGGAUUUGUUCUUGUAUUGUUUUGUGAGAGGUGGCUUCUUUCUUCGGGCGAUGGAAGUCAUUGAGAAAAUGGAGGCGGAAAGAAUGUUUAUUGAUAAGUACAAGUAUAGGUCACUUUGGCUGAAGUAUCACAGGACUUUGUACAAAGGAAAAGCACCUAAGAUCCAGACUGAGGCUCAGUAUAAGAGGAGAGAAGCAGGUUUGGGCUUCAAGAAAUGGAUAGGGCUGACAUGAAAGACAAUUUGAGUGCUAGACCUUAUACUUAGAAUCAAUUAUUUUGCAUAUUACUAAAUUGACUGCAGUUCUUUUGGGAAUAGUAAAGUCUCUUCUAUACCUCAGGUAUUUAGUGAUCAAAUCUACUAACAUUUUUUUUGGGCAUGUACAUUCAUUCCACUCAGUUCCAAUGUAUUUACAUAUCUAGAACCUAAACUUUACUUC